CAUUAUAUUCUGAUUAUAUUAUGGUUAUUUUGAAGGUGAAAUUUAUUUCCCCUUUGUUCCAUAUAACUUCAUUCUUUGAUUCCGUAGAACGUAACAUUUCCUAAGAACGAUUCUCUUUAACAUCGAGAAGCGAAAGAUAUACAUAUGAAAUCAAUUCAAUGGUAAUUCGCAGGACAGUUAAUGAUAAUUUCUUUUCUCCCUUCCUUUUCCUUGGAUUACAAUAACCUCUCAUUUGACAACAGCGGGGUGUCUCCUGACUUUCUGACAAGCUCCAGAAAAGAAAUUGUGAUAAAAUUGAUUUCCGAGACUACUCGCCUCAAAGAUUGUGCUUAGAUAAGAGACGGCCAUUUACAAUGGUAUGACGGAGAACGGACCACUGGAUAGAAUUGCACGUGAGGAGUCUGACGGCUUUUACCGGAAUAUAGAUGGCUUAUUUUUUUGUUAAAUCCAUACGUGUUCGAAAAGAUGCUUUUGUAUAAUUAAGAUUAGACCCGUGUCAACGAAAACUUCUACGAUUUACACCGUGUCCAGACGUUAUAAAGCCAGUUAAAGUAGAGCCAAAAGGGAUAAAAAUGAAUUAUUUUUAAAAUUAUUUGAGAAAAUGCAGAGUAACUUUGGAUAUACAUUAAGGUAAGUAAACCAGUUAUAAACAUGGAUCAAAGGGAAAACGGUAUGACGUGCCAUAGCAAAGAACAAAAUGGAUUGAUGAGCAAGUCUAUCGAGAAAAAGGAUUUGUUUGUGGAAUACAGUACAGAGAGAAGGACAGGGUGCUAUCUUAGUCGCUUCCAGGGCACCUGUCUAAUUCUCGGGAACUUGAUUAUUUUGUGUACUGCAGUUGCGUUAGUUGCCUUUGUGAAAAAAGAGAGGAUCAUUUACGGGUCGGUGUCGGAACCUAUUUGUAGCUGUGAUAGCCCAAAACCUUACACAAAUGUUACCUUAGACUACUCCUAUGUUAGAAAUCAAACUUCUAUUACUAUUCUAAGUGAAAAUCUUGCGGAAGAAGAGAAUUCUACACUUUCAGAAAAUAGGCAUGAGGAGGAGGAAGGAUCCAAAGAGGUUCCGGAAGAAAAAGUCAUUCCAAAAGAGACACCUUGGCGGGAAAUUCGCCUUUCGAGAGAUCUCAUGCCUUUACUUUACGAGAUUCAUCUUAAAGUGGACUUAGAAAACUUAACUUAUCGUGGUCAUGUUAACAUGACCUUGAAAUGUACCAAAAACACACGUUUUGUCAUAUUUCAUAUUUCUCAUAUAUUUCUGAACAAAACUUCAGUGAAAAUUACGGAUGUAGAUACACAAAAAACAUUUGGGAUUUUAAAACAAUUUCGUUUCAUCAAAAAUCAGUUUUGGGUGAUUGAGCUUAGUUCGGAACUCUCAGAAGGAACCCUGUAUAAAGUGAGCGUGGGGUACCGCGGGAAUUUACACGAAGACCUAAGGGGCAUUUACCUCAGUAAAUACGUCACUCCGGAGGGGGAAACCAGGCGUUUGGCAGCAACGCAGCUUCAGUCCACUGAUGCACGGAAGACGUUUCCCUGUAUGGACGAGCCCGAUAUGAAAGCUAAGUUCCGGUUAACGCUGACUCACCAGGAGGAAUACGAAGCUCUCAGCAAUACUCCCCGGAUUUCGGAAACUCUGGAAAAUGGUUGGAAAACAGUGGAAUUCGAUACCACCCCUGUCAUGUCCACCUAUCUGUUGGCAAUAGUCAUCUCUGACUUUACUCACAGAGAAACAGUCCUUGAUAACAAAUUUGAUAUCCGUGUAUGGUCCCAGCCAAACAAGAUAAAUCAGACAGAAUACGCAAUCAGUAUGGUUGUCCAAUGCUACCAUUUCUUCACGGAAUACUUCAACAUCACAGAUGUCCUAAACAAGACAGAUCACGUAGCUGUUCCGGAUUUCAGCGGUGGCGCCAUGGAGAACUGGGGUCUCGUGCUUUAUCGCGAGACUGCGCUUCUUUACGAACAAGGCGUAUCCUCGAGCGAGAACAAGUUGAUGGUCACCCUGAUCGUAGCACACGAAAUUGCACACACUUGGUUUGGAAACAUGGUAACGAUGAGAUGGUGGGACGACCUAUGGUUAAAUGAAGGAUUUGCCAGUCUCCUGAUGUACUUCGCCAUGGAUGCUAUAUAUCCGGACUGGAACGUCUUCACGCUGUCUGUUGUCGCAAAAGAAGUGUUUCCGGUGAUGGUUAAAGACGCAAUGACGACGUCACAUCCGGUUUCUACCCCCAUCGCCACUCCAGACGACAUUGCAGAAUCUUUUGACUCGAUUUCUUACAGCAAGGGCAUGGCCAUUUUAAGGAUGCUGUUAGGUUUUGUCGGAUGGGAGGACUUCCAGAAAGGCCUUAGGCUCUACGUCAACAAAUUCAAGUUCCGAAAUGCAGAAAUGGACGAACUUUGGGACACCUUUACGGAGGCAGUGAACUAUAAAUACGAUAUUAAGUCUACAAUGAACACGUGGACCCGUCAGAUGGGGUUCCCUGUAGUCACGAUGCAGGCGGACAGGGACUGCUAUAAUCUGACUCAAGAACGAUUUCUUUAUCUGGACAGUAUGAACACUUCACAGUCCAGCGAUGAGGAAUACAAAUGGGUCGUACCUUUUACAUACAUCACAGAGGAUGAAUCCGAAACCCAGCUGGUCUGGAUGAAUAAUACUUCAGCUACGAUUCCGCGGACAAUUGAUUCCUGGAUUCUGGCUAAUUAUGAGUACACCGGAUUUUAUCGUGUUAAUUAUGAAGUUAGUAUGUGGAGAAAACUGGCAAAUCAACUAAACAGAAACCAUACAAUUUUUCCAGAGGCAAACAGAGCAGGGUUAAUUGGGGAUUCGUUCAAUUUAGCAAGGGCAAAACUUUUGGAUUAUGACGUUGCUUUACAUAUGACGACAUAUCUAAAGUAUGAGAGGGGUUAUGCUCCUUGGGUGGCAUUUCUGGACUCUGUAGAGUAUAUUAAGAGUUCUAUCUCUAAGUCGGGGGCAUAUGUCCUUCUACAGAAAUAUCUGCUUGACCUGGUGGCGCCAGUGUUUGAUUCAAUAGAGAUGUCAGUGGAAGGGAAUCUACCAGAAAGAUUUUUACGACAAACCAUUCUGAAGCUGGCCUGUGAUGUCGGGUAUAAGAAAGCUGUCGCCUACGCCAGGAGAAUGUUCUACCUCUGGAAAGACCAAGGGAUGACACUCCCCAGUGACUACUCGUCAGUGAUAUAUAUGGUGGGGGUCAGGGAAGGAGGGGUGGAGGAGUGGGACUAUGUCUGGAACAAAUCACAGUCAACUAACGUGGCCGUGGAGAGGGAGAUGCUGAUGGAAGCGCUAGGACAGUCCCAGAAACCCUGGCUACUCUGGAGGUACGCCAACUGGAUCUUUGACUCCUCAAGGAUCAGGAUGCAGGACGUACGUCUCGUUAUCAGUUAUCUGUCAAAGCGCCCUCUGGGAAGAAUGAUCACUCUACACUUACUUAUGACAAAAUGGGACAAGCUAAAUGAACAAUUUGGAUUUGACAAUUUUCUUCUGAGGGAGACGAUAGCUGAAGUUACUCAGUUUGUUAACUCUGAAUUCGAAUAUAAGCAGUUGGCAACCUUAUUUAAAGACAAGCCUCCAAAGGUGGCAAAGAAACAAACGCAGACUUCCUUGGCUCUUAUCAGGGCAAACAUUAACUGGAUGAAUGAAAAUUAUGACGUCAUCACUGAAUGGUUACGCAAUCACGUCGUUGGGAUGUUAUGAUAGUAACAAAUAUAAAUGAUUCAUAGAGGGGACAAAUAUUAAAGAAAUUUAUAAAAAUGUUUCCCAAUGAAAAAAAAUUCUGUGAAUGAUAUUUUCAAUGAAAGAAAAAUAUAUUGUGUGUUAAACUGUGUUCAUUUUGUAUAAUGACAAACAUCAACAAGGCUAAACACAGCCUUUAACAAAGUUGAAUGCAGUAUGGUUAAUAUUCCGAUCUCUUUUUAACUUUCAGUAGCAAAUUGAAUUUGUUUGAAAGUAUAACAUAGUAUAUAGUAACUGUUACUAUACAUAAUAUUGUAUAUAAAUUUACUGAGUUUUUUUGUGAAUAUUUUGUAAAGGAUGUUGUCGUGAUAUAUGUUGUGAACAACUUUAUUUAGUGUAUUUUUUAAUUAUAAUCAAUAUUUCACAGAAUUAUGAGAGGGAGUGAGAGAGCAAUAUUUUUAAAAGAAGGUGUCAUUAUUUUAUCAUUAACAUUGAUGCGAAGAGAAAUUAAAUAUCGUUUGCUAAUUUUAAAAUUUGUCUGCAACAGAUGAAUGAAGGAGAUUAAUAUGUACACCAAUAUUAAAAACAUAAUAAUAGUCUUGUAAUAUUUGUAUUUAUAUUGCUAUAAAAUAAAAUUGAUUAACUUUUG